CGUUUACCGAGAAAACGAAACUUACUGCGGAUGAGGCUGAACGGAAAUUGAGCCCAGACAUAAAGAAGACGUGGAAGCAGAGUUAAGAUGAAAACGGAAAAGAUAUAGUUUGUAUUCAGUUAUUUGCACUUUGUAAUGUAAGCUGACGUCGCGGCUGUUGUGUCGUUUGUAAUGGCCGUAGCUAAACUGAACGAGUAUGCACAGAAAGGGCGCUUGGAGCUUAAGUAUGAGGACGUUGGAUGUGUUGGCCCUGCUCACAUGAAAACAUUUACUGUGAGAGCAGUUGUGAAUGGCAAGGCGUAUCCUGAUGGUGUGGGGAAGAACAAGAAGGAAGCCAAACAGAAUGCAGCUAAAAAUGCCCUGAGAGGCUUGUCUGGGGAACCAGAUGACUCUGUUAGAGUGUGUAAAAGUCCAGAACCUGGAGAGGAGAAACACAGCGGCGUAUCAAGCAAACAAGAGGAGUUGAGUCAAAACGUGUCAGACAUCUGUGAUAAGACAAAGAGCUUGAGUGUGAUAUCUUCAGAUGAAGGUUUUGCAGAAACAAAUUUUAUAGGACUUAUCAACAGCCACUGUCAGAAAAACAAUCUCCCUCACAUCUACAUUUUAGAGAAAAGAUGUGGUCCACCUCAUAACCCUCAGUUUUUCUACAAAUUAGUGAUCAACAAUAAGGAAUACCCUGUGGGUGAGGGCAAGAGUGUCAAGGAAGCCAAACAAAAUGCGGCUCAGUUGGCCUUGUGUGCUCUCCGACAACAGAAAGACUGGGACAGCAAGGGAUCUUCUUGCCCAGCCGAUGACGGUGCUCCAGCAAGGCUGUCCAUGCCACCAAACACACCGGAAUCUCAUGAUGCAAAAUCAAAAAGGGUGCCAGCGACCACAAGUGACUCAGUUGUUCCCACAAGUUCAUCAAAUCCUCCCAAGGAUCAGAUUCAGAGUCCUGAUGUGAAGCCCAGAAGAAGAAUUGCAGCAAAUUUCCAAAAUGCCCACAAAAAGAGUAAAGAGUAUAUUGCUAAUUUCAAUGGCAAGAAAACAGAAAAUAGUCCGAGUAAGAAAACAACAACCCAGACAGUGAGCUCAAGGUUUACAUCAGAGUUUGACUCCAUAGUGUGCCUUGGCAAAGGAGCCUUUGGUCGAGUUUACAAGGCAAAACAAAAACUGCUGAAGAAGGAUUACGCUAUAAAGAUUGUCCGAUGCAAAGAGAUCAAAAAAGCUCUACGAGAGGCAACGGCAUUAUCAGACCUCCAUCACCGUAACAUUGUUCGAUACUACACAUGUUGGUUGGAGGAUUCAGAAUACCAAUGGGACACUGCAGACGACAGUGGCAGCACUUCACAGUCGACUGGUAACACACCAGUAAAUUACCUCUAUAUUCAGAUGGAGUUGUGCGACACCAAAACACUCAGAGUGUGGAUAGACGAGAAGAAUAUGCUGAAUGUGAAGAAAUCUCUGCGAGACUCCAAGAGAAGAGAUGAAAGUCUAAGCAUUGUUCAGGAAAUAGUCAGUGCAGUGGAGUACUUUCACUCCAAGAUGCUCAUCCACAGAGACCUGAAGCCUGCCAACAUCAUGUUUGGGCAAGAAGGAGAAGUGAAGAUCGGAGACUUUGGUCUGGUCACCGAUGAGAACGAUAACGAUGCUGAGAACGUGAUUGAGAGAACCGUGUACAAAGGAACUCCGUCUUACAUGGCUCCUGAGCAAAAAAGCAAAAACACUUACGACCGAAAAGUGGACAUAUUUGCUCUGGGGUUGAUAUAUUUUGAACUCCUUUGGAACACUGGCCUUGAAAGGAAAGCGGUUUGGGAUGAUGCCAGAAACCAGAAAUUUCCUCAAGUAUUUCUACAAUAUUUUUCCCUGGAGAGCCAAAUCAUAAAGUCAAUGCUGUGUGCAAAUCCAGAUGACCGACCUGAAGCAAGUAAAGUAAAGACGGACUUGGAAGAGUGCGCUAGUACACUAACAAAGCUUAAAGAUAUGCGUCGCGACAAUCGGACUUUAACGCCGACUGCUGAGUCAUUGAAGAUGGAUACAGGAAACUGUGUUGCCAGACUAAACGAAUACGUGCAGAAGACACGGUCUCAGCUGCACUAUGAGGACCUUGGCUCUGUCGGACCUGCACACAGUAAAGUAUUCACCCAGAGGGUUGUCCUAAAUGGGAAGGUCUAUCCCAAUGGUGUAGGGAUGACCAAGAAGGAAGCCAAGCAUAAUGCUGCUAAGAAUGCCCUGAGCAGCAUGUUUGAGAGCGCACAUCAGGACUCAGUUGACACAACUGCAGACGAGACCAGCCAUUCGUCAGGUCGACAAAAGGAGGAACUAAAUCAAAAUGUUUCUGAUCUUUGUGAGGAGACAAGACGCCUCAGUUUGAACUCCAAGGACAACAUCCUUGCAGAAACAAAUUUCAUUGGAUUAGUUAACCACUACUGUCAGAAGACAAACCGCAGCCAUAAAUUCAUUGAAGAGAGGAUAUGUGGUCCACCUCAUAAACGUCAGUUUUUCUACAAAUUAAUAAUUGACAGCAAUGAAUACCCUGUCGGCGAGGGUUUGUCUGUCAAGGCAGCCAAACAAGAUGCAGCUCGGCUGGCCUGGUCUGCUCUUCAGGACCAGACCGACUGGAACAGCAAGGUGUCCAUCGGAUCAACAGCCUCCGAAGGUGCUGCCACAUCUAUGUUGUCAGCACGAUCAGCUUCACUGGAGUUCUACGAGUCGUCAUCUCUAAACACCUCAGGGAGCGCAAGUCAUUCAAUAAUAUUCACAGAUACAUCAAACCCCUCCAAGGCUCAGAUGGGCUUACGGUCAACUGUGUCUGAAAAUGAUGCACCAGCCAGGUUGUCAACACCAACUUCACUGGAGUCUCUUGCAUCAUCACAGAGCAUGUCAACGGGUACAAGUAGCUCAGGAAUACAGACGGACUCAUCGAACUCUUCUAAGGAUCAGCAUGCUGUCAAAGACAGGAAUAUGGGAAAUAGUCAGAAGGACGCAUCCACCCAGUCACGCAGGUUUACUGCAGAUUUCGAUACCAUAAAACCUAUUGGCAGUGGAGGCUUUGGUUUUGUUUUCAAAGCAAGACACAAACUGCUGAACAAGUUUUAUGCUGUGAAGAUUGUCCGCUGUGAAGAGAAAGCGUUUCGAGAAGUGGGGACAUUGUCUGACCUUCUCCACCGUAAUAUCGUCAGAUACUACACAUUUUGGAAGGAGGAUUCAGAGUACCAAUUGGACAUUUCAGGUGGUAGUUCAACUGGCGGUUACAGCUCUUCCCAAUCUACAGAAAAUUCAUCAGCAAAGUACCUCUAUAUUCAGAUGGAAUUAUGUGACACCAAAACACUGAGAGAGUGGAUUAAGGAGAAGAACACUCAGCCUCUGCAAGACUCCAAGAGAAGAGAAGAAAGUCUAAGAAUUGCUCAGCAAAUAGUCAAUGGAGUCGAAUAUAUUCACUCCAAGAGGCACAUCCACAGGGACCUUAAGCCUGCGAACAUCCUGUUUGGACUCGAUGGAGAAGUGAAGAUUGGGGAUUUUGGUCUGGUCACCAAAGAUGAUGAUGACAAUGCUGUGGUGGACAGGACAGUAGACAAGGGAACCCCAUCUUACAUGGCUCCGGAACAAAGGGAGAGGGCCUAUGACCGAAAAGUGGACAUAUUUGCUUUGGGGCUGAUAUACCUGGAACUCCUUUGGAAAGUCUCUUCUGGCCACGAAAGAGGAGAGAUUUUGAUGAAUGCUAAACGUCAGAUGCUUCCCAAAGAGUUUUCACUGACUUUUCCCCAAGAGAACCAACUCAUCAAGUCAAUGCUGUGUGAGAAGCCAAAAGACCGACCUGAAGCAAGUAAACUGCAGGCAGAGCUGGAGAAGUGGGCGCAGAUAUUCAACUCACAAAAUGUGCGUCGGGAAAAUGCAACAUACAAUGCCUUGAUUGACCGAUCAGGAGUCGAUCGUGUUAUUCCACACAGUAGGGAACGCUUGCAGUGUAAACACUUCAGAGAAGAACAGCAGUGGCGAUGCUCCUUCAGGCUCAGCAGUCCGACCAAGGAUGACGUUAAUAUGAAGAAAUCGAAACUUAAAGUCAGUCUGAAGUCAGAUGAGUCGAAGCAGGAUAAGGACACAAGCAGCGACAUGGCUGCUGAAAUUCCGACAGCUUUAUUUAAGAUGGAAACAGGAAACUGUGUUGCCAGACUGCAGGAAUACGCACAGAAAACACGGUCUAAGCUGCAAUAUGAGGACCUUGGCUUUGUUGGACCUGACCAUGAUCCAACAUUUAUCCAGAGGGUAGUCCUGAAUGGUAAAGUCUAUCCUGAGGGCACUGGUAAGAACAAGAAGGAAGCCAAACGUGAUGCUGCUAAAAAUGCCCUGAAAUGCUUGUUUGAAAAUGAACCUCAGGACUCAGCUGACACAUCUGCAGAUGACAACAACAGUGCAUCAGGUCAACCAAAAGAGGAACUAAAUGUAGAUGUUUCCGAUAUCCGUUAUAAGAUAAGAAGCCUCAAAGUGAAUGCACAGCUUCACAGAGACAAAAGAGAGACAAAUUACAUAGGAAUUGUCGCAAACUACUGUCUGAAAACAAACCGCUGCCAUUCAUACAUUGAAGAGAGGAGAUGCGGUCCAGCUCAUGGCCCUCAGUUUUUCUACAAAUUAAUGAUCGACAAAAAGGAAUACCCUGAGGGUGAGGGAAGGACUAUCAAGGAAGCCAAACAAAAUGCAGCUCGGUUAGCCUGGUCUGCUCUUCAGGAACAGUCAGACUGGGACAGCAAGGUGUCCGUUCGAUCAACAGUGUCUGAAGAUGGUGCACAAUCUAUGUUGUCAGUGCCGUCAGCUACCCCGGAGUCCCUUGAAUCAUCAACACAAAGCACGUCAAUGAUCACAUUCACCGAUUCAUCAACCCCUUCCCAGGCUCAGAUGCCCUCAAGGUUAACAACGUCUGAAGAUGAUGCACCAACGGGGCUGUCAACACCAACUUCACUGGAUUCUCCUUCAUCUUCACAAAGCAUGUCAACAGGAACAAGUGGCUCAGUAGUAUUCACUGAUUCAUCAAACUCUUCCAAGGAUCAGGAUGCUGUCAAAGACAGAAAUAUGGGAAAUCGUCAGUAUGAGACAUCCACCCAGUCAAGGUUUACGUCAUACUUUGAUUCCAUGGAGUGUCUUGGCAGAGGAGCCUUUGGUUGUGUUUACAAAGCAAGAGAUAAACAGCUGAACAAGUUUUAUGCUGUAAAGAUCGUCUACUGUGAAGAGAAAUCUCUUCGAGAAGUGGGGACAUUAUCAGACCUCCUCGACCGUAAUAUCGUUAGAUACUACACAUUUUGGAUGGAGGAUUCAGGAUACCAAUGGGACAUUUUAGCUGACAGUAACAGCUCUUCACAGUAAGUCUGAUGCACUUACUUUGAGUUUUAGCUUUUUAUUUUAAGUUAAAGGUGAGUAAUUACAUCAUUUUUCUUCUCUUUUAGGCCCAGAGAUAAUUCAUCGGCAAAGUACCUCUAUAUUCAGAUGGAGUUAUGUGACACCAAAACACUUAAAGUUUGGAUUGAAGAGAAGAACUCUCAGCCUCUGCAAGAUUCCAAGAGAAGAGAAGAAAGUCUAAGAAUUGCCCAGCAAAUAGUCAGUGGAGUUGAAUAUCUUCACUCGGAGAAGCACAUCCACAGAGACCUUAAGCCUGAAAACAUCCUGUUUGGACUGAAUGGAGAGGUGAAGAUUGGGGACUUUGGUCUCGUCACCAGAGAUGCUGAUGAUGACUCUGCUUUGAUGAAGAGAUCAGAAAACAAAGGAACCACAACUUACAUGGCUCCUGAACAAAAGACAGAGAGGAACUAUGGCCGUAAAGUGGACAUAUUUGCUCUGGGGUUGAUAUACUUUGAGCUCCUCUGGAAACUCUCUACUGGCCACGAAAGGGGGAAGAUCUGGGAUGAUGCCAGAAGCCAGAAGCUCCCUGAAGAGUUUUCACUGACUUUUCCUGAAGAGGACCAAAUCAUCAAGUCAAUGCUGUGUGGGAGGCCAGACGACCGACCUGAAGCAAGUCAGCUGAAGGCAAAGCUGGAGGAGUUGACGCAGACACUUAAUGCACAAAACAUGAGCCGGGAAAAUGCAACUGCCUAGAGUUAUGAUAAGUCAUAGGAGCGUGUAGGAUGAUGUAUUUUUGCAAUUUUAUAUACUGUUAUUAAUACUGCAUAGUAUAUUUUUAACCAGUUAAUGAAUGGGGGGCUAUGUGUUUUUUAAUCCAUGAAUGAAACCAAAGUUUGAAGUUUAUCAUGAUUUUAAAAAGUUGUUUUUUAAAAAUAAUUCACAUCUGUUUUGCUUUUAUUCUACGUAAUCAUGCUGGUAAUUUCAGUGCAAUUUACAUUAUAUUCCAUGCUGGGAAAUGGUUAAUGUAUUUAAGUGAUGUCACAUUAAAGCCUUUGUUUUAUA